AUGAGUUUAAAUAAUAGUCCGGUGUUUAAUCAUGAUCAAACUAUAAAUAAACGUUCUCAUAAACAUUUAAAUUACAUUCCAUGGGAACCAACACGAGCAGCUAUCUCAAGAACAGAACAAAUGAAAUCUAUUCCUCUAAUUCCUGAACAAUCGAUUUCAACACAAUUAUAUCGAUAUCAAAAUAGUAGUAAAUGUCCAUCACCAUUACCAUCAUCAUCAUCAUCACCAACAAUUGUCACGGGAAAAGAAAUGAUAAAUGUUGGAAACAAAACUAAACCCACCGCUACUGUUGAACCAUUCCAAGCAUCGAUUAAUGUUGAUGAAAUUCUCUAUGGAAUUAGACCAUCAAGUCCAACAAAUUAUGCGUCCCAAGAUCUUAAUUUAUCAAGUGAUCAACAAGAACUUAAAAAUGAAUUAGAACGUGUACAAGAAGAAAAUGCUGGUCUUAAACAACAACUUGAAAUUCAAACUCAGGUCAAUGCUGAACUUAAAAAAUUACUUGUUGCUUCUAUUGGAACCGAUUUUCAAUAUCGAUUAGAACGACUUCUUCGCGAUAAAUCUCGUUAUGAACUUGAGAUUCAAAUAUUAACAAGAAAAAUCAAUGAUUUACUUGAAGAAAUUGAAAAACUCACUAUUCAAUGUGAUAUUCAUCAAAGCAAAUUAGCCGGAAGCCGAGUUCUUAUUGAUGAACUUAAUAUGCAUAAAAGUGUAUUAAGUGUUCAAUAUAAUGAUUGUACAAAUGUUAUUCAACUUUUACUUGGUGAACGUUCUAAAAUAGCUAAAGAACUUAUUCAAACUCAUAGUUUUUUAUCAUUAUUAAAUGAAAUGGCACUAAAUAAUAGUCGAAAACAUUUAUCAGUUUCACCUAAAUUUGAUUUAAUUCAACUUUCAUCUUAUUUACAAACAUUAUCAUCAUCACUUUAUAAUUAUUUAAAACAAACGAUAUUCCAUCAACAAACAAAUCAUCGUCAAUUGAGUAUACAACUUGAAUUAACUGAAACUGAAACAUGUGCACUUGAAAUUUUACAAAGUCAUGCAUCAGUAUCAUCAUCAUUACAAACAUCAACAAAUACAAUUGAUAAAAAUGUAAACGAUAUUGAACAAUUAGAAACAAUGAUUCACCGUUUGAAAUUAGUUAGUAAGAAGAAAUCACAUGAACGUUUUCAUCCAACAACACGUUAUGAAAAUUUAACAUUGAAUUGUUGUCGUGACUGUUCUGGAGAGAUUUAUGUUGUUUAA